CUCCUCCUCCGCCACCGCUGGCGCUCCUGCAGGACGGGGAGAGGUGUGGGGGUGGUGGUCUGGGGGGGUCAUGGCGUCCUGCGUGGGGAGCCGGACGCUGAGCAAAGACGAUGUGAACUACAAGCUGCAUUUCCGGAUGAUCAACGAGCAGCAAGUGGAGGACAUCACCAUCGACUUCUUCUACCGGCCGCACACCAUCACCCUGCUCAGCUUCACCAUCGUCAGCCUCAUGUACUUCGCCUUUACCAGGGAUGAUUCUGUUCAAGAAGAUAAUAUUUGGAAAGGCAUCCUCUCUGUUAUUUUCUUCUUUCUCAUCAUCAGUGUGUUAGCUUUUCCCAAUGGUCCUUUUACUCGACCCCAUCCUGCUUUAUGGCGAAUGGUUUUUGGUCUCAGUGUGCUCUAUUUCCUGUUUCUGGUAUUUCUUCUUUUCCUGAACUUUGAGCAAGUAAAAGCAGUAAUGUACUGGCUAGACCCAAAUCUUCGUUAUGCCACACGAGAAGCUGAUAUCAUGGAGUAUGCUGUCAACUGUCAUGUCAUCACCUGGGAGAGGAUUCUCAGCCAUUUUGACAUAUUUGCUUUCGGACAUUUCUGGGGCUGGGCUAUGAAGGCCUUACUGAUUCGGAGUUAUGGACUGUGCUGGACAAUCAGUAUUACCUGGGAGCUAACUGAGCUUUUCUUCAUGCAUCUUCUGCCUAAUUUUGCUGAGUGCUGGUGGGAUCAAGUCAUUUUGGACAUCUUGUUGUGCAAUGGAGGUGGCAUCUGGUUGGGAAUGGUAGUUUGCCGGUUUUUAGAGAUGAGGACUUAUCACUGGGCCAGCUUCAAGGACAUUCACACCACUACAGGGAAAAUCAAAAGGGCUGUGUUGCAGUUCACUCCCGCUAGCUGGACAUAUGUUCGGUGGUUUGACCCCAAGUCUUCAUUUCAGAGAGUAGCUGGAAUAUACCUUUUCAUGAUCAUCUGGCAGCUGACUGAAUUGAACACGUUCUUCUUGAAACAUAUCUUUGUGUUUCAUGCAAGCCAUCCAUUAAGUUGGUGUAGAAUUCUCUUCAUUGGUGGGAUCACUGCACCUACUGUUAGACAGUACUAUGCUUACCUCACUGAUACACAGUGCAAACGAGUGGGAACACAGUGCUGGGUAUUUGGAGUCAUCGGUUUCCUGGAAGCGAUUGUUUGCAUAAAAUUUGGGCAAGAUCUGUUCUCCAAAACUCAAAUACUUUAUGUUAUACUUUGGCUUCUUUGUGUGGCUUUUACUACUUUCCUGUGUUUGUAUGGUAUGGUUUGGUAUGCAGAGCACUGUGAUCACCGAGAAAAGACCUAUUCUGAGUGUGAAGACAGCCCUUACAGUUCAGAUGUCUCCUGGCUUCAUACUAAGUUCACAAAAGGUACUGAAGAGAGCCCGCCUAAACAUUCAGGAAAUAGUGAAAGCCAUUCUUCCAGAAGAAGAAAUCGCCAUUCUAAAGCAAAAGUAACCAAUGGAGUUGGGAAGAAAUAAUAAAACAAAAACAAAACCCUGGUUUAUCAAAGACGUUCCAGAGAGUGCCUAGAAUUGAGAGAGACACUGGACUAGUUCUGACUUCCCUGUUAAGAGGUUAAUAUACGUAGAGAAAAACCAGAUGAGGGGAAGGAGAGUAGACUUGGGAUAGGGGAAUCCUUGCGGGAAGGCUAAUCUCCUGUUUUCACUUGGAUCCUGUAUUUCAGAUCAUUGCCUGCCACCCCUUGUCAUUUCCCAAUGUCUUCUACCUUUUACUCCAGCCCCAUGUUUCCCCAGGAGAGGUGCAAUGUGUCCAAACGGAGAUGGAGCUUUCUUCCCCCUUGCCAAGAGCAGCUUUAGCAUUGAGGGGCCCAAGAUCCAUUUUAAAUCUGUUCCUUCAGGCAAGAGCAUGAGCCCCAAGGGGAAUGGACCUGUCACCAGUUUUGUUCUUCAGUCAGUCACUUUGUUUUUAUGCUUUGGUUGAUUUCUUUAAGCCUCUCUGCUGUCAACUAUCCUUCAGUGGCAACACAUGAAGCCUUCUGUAGCCAUUGUGGGAAUCUUUUCCCUUAAGGGAAAAAUGGGGGCAUUUUUGGUAUUUCUGAUAUGGCCCCCUUUAAAAAACAACUCAAAUGUCAGAAACCCAUGAACUUGCAGAGAGGGCGAGUUGUCUGGAGAGGAUGCUGGGCUUCAGGUCUGGGCCGUUUUUUGUUCCGUGCAGAAUACCCUUUGUCCAGCCUUCUCUGCGACACAUGAGCAACCCUUUUACAAAGGCAGUGACCGAUGGUUUCUGUCCACAACCAGGUGCCUUUUACAUUUGAUCUUAUGUUGUUUUCUUUCCACGGUGUAAUGGCUGGCAUUAAGUAUGUCUUUUAGUCAUAUGGGAGGUGCUGGUAAGUAUAUUAUCCUGUCAUCCUCACCAUGCUUUGUAGAACAUUUAUCCUAAUGGGUCACCUUCACCUCCACUGGAUCCCAGUUUUAAAUAAAACCAUUUCUGUUAAAGGCCUUCAAAGGCCUGAUUUAAAAACUGACUCUAUGAAAUCACUCAUUUCUUUAGAAACUCAAAUGGAUCUUCAGUCUACUUCUAAGAAAUUACUAUAAUUUCCAUGGACCUGUAGGGUAGGUAAUAUGACUGUUAGAUAUCCUGUUUCUAAAGCUUUACAAGUGAUCAGCUACAAGUAAACAACAUUUUCUUUGUUUAUGACUAUGAUGAUUAUUUCAUCAAUCAAGUUUUUUUUUCCUAAUAAGUGGUCAAUGCAUACAUGAUUGACCAUUGACCUUUAGAUGCAGACUUGCUGAAAGAAAUCCAUUUGUUCCCACAACUUGUAGAAUACAGAUGUUCAAAUGUCUUCUCACCCUUUCCUCCCCCCACAAGGAAACCCUUAGUAAUAGAUGGGUCAUGUUUUUCUUUUUCUGCAAAAGAAUUCUGAGGUGAAAGGGUUAAAUGAAUCAAGCAAGCCUGGGGUCACUUCCUGUGCUCUGUGCCUCUUAGAGACAACUUGGUUGUGGAGCCAUGAAUGAAGGACCAGCCUAACGGCCAGACUUGUUAAGUACACAAGCAUCAGGAGACACAUUGUCCAUGGGAUAACUUAAUUGUGAGAAGUUUAACAAAGGGAAGUUACAGUGGUUGGCCACAAGCUGUGUGCUAUUAAGAGCUUUAACAAAUCUGUACCCUUCCCAAGCCAGGUUUGGAAAUAAGAAAAGUUGUAUUAGAACACUUCCCAUAGCCCACCAAAUGCCUAUUCUUAAAGAGAGAGAGAGAAUUGUACAAUUUAAAUUAUUUUGAUUUAAAAGUUCCAGUGUUUCCCCCUGUUACAGUCACGUUAAAUGUUAUGACACAUGAAGAUGGCAGAAGAGAACUAAAAACAUUUUUAAUAUUCCUGCAUUUUGCUUUCCUUCUCACCGUGUAUUGUGUCCAUAGCCAUCACCCUCCAUUGCUCUAAGCCUGUGACAUGCCCCUGGCUGCAUGUGGAAGUUAAUUUUCCUGGCUAGUGAAGUGUGGUGCCAAUGCAACAUGUUUCUGUGUCCCAGAACCUUUUGCCUGAUUUCUUUUCAUUUUAAAACUUGAACAGAGGAAAUUAGAGAAGGAGGCACCUGUUGAGCAGGUGGUAAAUCUCACCGUACUCUGAAAGGCAAGGCCCCAAGAUCAUUCUUCCUCAGCUCAGCCAGGAAAGUAGCAGAAUGUUAAAGGAAAUGUUCUCAUGUGCUUUCUGUGCUUCUUUUCCUCUUUGAAUUAAAGCUUUUUUCCUACA